AUGGGCUGGCCAAUCAGAGCGGGGAAAGUCAGGGGCGGGGCCUUGGCUGCCAUUCAACCCUCGGUCGUCAAGGCGACGGGGCGGGCCAAGCGUCCAGCUCCACCCGGCUUGGGGCGGGGCUACAAAGGCCACACCCCCACUCCCUGGGCCAAUGGGCACCCGAGUCUCUCUUCCCUCCUACUGACCAAUCGCCAGUCUCUCUCCCCCCCUACUGACCAGUCGCCAGCCUCUCUCCCUCCCACCCCACUGACCAAUCGCCAGUCUCUCUCUCACGCCCCGCCCCCGCUUCCCGACCAAUCGCCAGCCCGGAAGAAGGGCGGGCGGGCAAGCGCAACCCCCCGAUUGGCGGCGCUCCCCCCCCUCCCCGUCAGUCACCGGCCGUCGCCGUGGCAACAGGCAGGCGGAGCCCGGCCGUGCGCGCCGGACAAAGGGGCCGCGCCUCGGGCACGCGCGCGCGCGCGCGGCUUCGGCGGCGGGGGCGCGCGUCCGUCGGGAGCGAGCGGCGCGGCGGCGGGAGGGGGAGGGGGCGGGGCCGGUGAGAAGAUGGCGGCGGGCGAGCGGAGCGGCGGCGGCGGAGGCGGAGGCCUGGGCGGGCCGGCGGCUCGCUGUCACCGGGCGGGCCCGGGGCCCGGACUCGGAGCCGGAGCCGGAGCGGGCCUGGCGCUGCAGGAGGAGGAGGAGGAGGAGCAGGGAGAGGAGGAGGAGCAGCAGCAGCGGCGGCCGGAGGACGGAGCAGGAGGCGGGGGGCAGUCGCAGGCCCAGGCCCGGGGCCUCGGCCUGGUCAAGCGGGAGGAGGCGGAGGAGGCGGAGCUGGAGCUGAGGCGGCAGCAGGAGGAGGAGGAGGGAGAGGAGGAGGAGGAGGAGGAGGAGGCGGAGGCGGCCGAGGUGGAGGUGGAACUGGAGCUGGAGGGGCCCGAGGAGCCCGGGGUCCGGGACAGGCCGCAGUUCCCAGACAAGCAACGGAUCCUGAUCGUGGACGAGCAGGGCCAGCGGGUGGAGGAGGCCAUGCUGUGCCGGGGGGUGGACUGGGAGGGUCCCGGGGCGGCCCCCUGGCCCCGGCCCGGCAGCUGGAGCCCCGAGCGGGCCGGCAGCCCCCGGGCCCGUGGCGACCGGCCGCCCAGGCCCCCGCGCGGGGCCUCCCGGGAGGUGGGGGCCGCCGCCCCGGCCCAGCGCCGGCGCAAGUCUGAGUACCCGCGCCGGAGGAGCUGCAUCUCCUUCACCUACGGAGCCCCCGAAGCCGGUGGGCGGAGGCCGGAGGAGGGCGAGGAGUCGACCGAGAACAGCGACCUGCAGCGACUGGGGACGUCUCACAGAGAGCCCCUCCCUGAGCUGCCGGUGCUGCACACGGCGCCCGUGGUCCUGAUGAAGACGAGACCAGUCCGCGGGCGAUGGAGAGGGAAGGGGGUCCACGAGGAGCCGGACGCCGGCCCGGGGGCGGCGCCCGAGUCCCGGUGGGAAGAACACUACUGGCAGAAGGCCGCCCCCUCGGGCUACCCCCGUCCCGAGGGGGAGGGCCGCGGGUUAGGAGCUGGGGAGACGGACGUCGAGACGGAGACCAUGCAGCUGAUCUGUGAGUCUGUCAGUGAGACGUCCCAGCAGGAGAGCAGCAUCUCCCUGGAGGGAUUGGCUGCGGCCGCUGCUCUUCCCGAUUCCAUUCGAGAGCCGGACCUGGUGCACAGUGAGGGUCCCGAGGAUCUCGGGGAGUCCGACGAUGACGUUCCAUUCCGGGACGAUCCCAAAGACGAAAUGUACGAGCCGUCGCCGCACAGGGAACGCGGGAAGCAGAGGCGGAAAGCACGGAAAGAGAAGCUGGACUCCGUCGAACAGAUGGAGCCUCCCAAAAGGAGGCUGCAGCGACCCAAAGAAGACAGAGGUCCUCGUCCUCCCAAGAAGCGCAAGAAGCCUCCAAUCCAGUACGUGAGGUGCGAGAUGGAGGGCUGCGGAACGAUCCUCGCUAAUCCAAGGUACCUGCAGCACCACAUGAGGUACCAGCACAUGUUGAAAAAAAAGUAUGUGUGCCCGCACCCGUCCUGUGGCCGGCUCUUCAGACUGCAGAAGCAACUGCUCAGGCACACCAAGCACCACUCAGAUCAGCGGGACUACAUCUGCGAGUACUGUGCCCGUGCAUUCAAGAGCUCGCACAACCUGGCCGUGCACAGGAUGAUCCACACGGGCGAGAAGCCUCUGCAGUGUGAGAUCUGCGGCUUCACCUGCCGGCAGAAGGCCUCCCUGAACUGGCACAUGAAGAAGCACGACGCCGAUGCCAACUACCAGUUCUCCUGCACCGUGUGCGGCAAGAAGUUCGAGAAGAAAGACAGCGUGGUGGCCCACAAGAGCAAGAGCCACCCCGAGCUGGUGAUCGCGAGGCUUCUGGCAGAGAACACAUGAGAUCGUGCAGUCCUAGAGUGGCACUCCCUCCCCACCUCCCUCACCAACCCCCCCCCCCCCCUCCCCCCCACCCUCCAGCCCGGGACAGGGCAGGUGAUGGUCACCCAGGCACUGCUUUUCCCUCACCUCCGG